AUGGACAAUAACGCAGGAAGAAGUGAGGGAUCCCAAGAUGCUGAUCGCAAGCCUAAAAGAAGGGAUAUGGGUAGAUCGGAGUGGAGUCGCUCAAUGCCAGAUAAGAGAGAGCGCAACGAGCGAGCUGAGCAAAUAAAACGAAGGAAGCUUGACAACGGAGAGGAGAUUGUUGCUCCUGUCUAUGCUACCGAAUUCUCCCAGGAGGACAUCGAAAGCGAGCAGCGACGCCCAAAGAAGAAGGUUGCCGUGUUGAUUGGGUACUCUGGUACAGGGUACAAGGGAAUGCAAUUGAGUACUACUGAGAAGACAAUUGAAGGAGAGUUAUUUACCGCGUUCGUCGCUGCUGGCACGAUUUCCAAAGCCAACGCUGCCGAUCCCAAGAAAUCGUCUUUCGUCCGCUGCGCGCGCACGGAUAAAGGUGUGCAUGCUGCGGGGAAUGUUGUCUCCUUGAAGAUGAUCGUGGAAGACCCCGACACUGUCCAAAAAAUCAAUGAGAAAUUGAGUUCUCAAAUUCGGGUUUGGGACAUUCUAGUCGCCAACAAGUCAUUCAGCAGCUAUCAGAUGUGCGAUUCGCGUGUGUACGAAUAUCUUAUCCCGUCACAUUGCUUUCUACCUCCGCAUCCCAGCACCUACCUGGGGCGAAGACUAGAAGAAUAUGCCGAGAAAGAAGGCGACUUGGAGGGAUACAAGGCGCGCCAGGAAGAGGUUGCGACAUACUGGGACGACGUCGAUAAAAAUGUCCUUCGGCCACUCCUUGAAAGCUUUCCUGAAAACAUCCGCAAGCCGGUCGAGAAAGCGCUGCACAUCGAGGACGAAGAGGAUGUCCAGGAAGCCGAGUCAGCAGAGGCUGAACAGGAAGCGCAAAACGCCCCGGCUACCGAAGCCCCGUCCACAGAGAAGUCAGCAGAGCCCUUGAGUCAGGAGGAAGUUGCAUUCAGGAAACAGAUCUAUGAGGCUGUCAAAACCGUCAAGUCCGCUUAUCUAAAGGCAAGACGAUCAUAUCGCAUCCCUUCUGCACGCCUCGAUCGAAUUCAACAAGCCCUUGAUAAGUACACUGGAACGCGGAAUUUCUACAACUAUACAAUCCGAAAGACAUUCAAAGACCCCUCCGCUAAGCGUCAUAUAAAAUCAUUUAAUCUCAACCGCGAACCUAUCAUUAUCAACGGUACUGAAUGGCUCAGUCUGAAGGUCCACGGCCAAAGUUUUAUGAUGCACCAGAUUCGCAAGAUGGUCGCCAUGGCCACAAUGGUUGUUCGGUGUGGCUGCGAUCCCGAGCGUAUCGUGGAAUCCUAUGGUUCUUCCAAGCUCGCGAUCCCUAAGGCGCCGGGACUUGGCUUACUUCUUGAGCGCCCUGUUUUCGAUGUCUACAACAAGAGGGCAGGUGAUCUCAAAAAGGAUCCUAUUGAUUUCAGCAAGUAUGAAAAAGAGAUGAAUGAGUUCAAGCAACGUGAAAUCUACGAUCGUAUUUUCAGAGAAGAAGAGCAGACCCAUGCCUUCGCCUCGUUCUUCAACCACAUCGACCACUAUGCUCAAGAGGAGUUCCUCUAUGUCACAUCAGGCGGUGUUUCUGCGGCCAAAAUUGCCCCUGCACCUCAGGAGCUUGAGGAUAAUAAAGAUGACGGAUCUAAGCCUAAGCGGAAGUCACAGCGAGACGCGCUGGCCGAGGUCGAAAUGGAGUCCGAAGAUGAGCGUGGUGGCGAGGAAGAAGGCUGA